AUGGUCUGGACCAAAAACUUUGAAGAGUUGAAAGAUGAUGACAGCGCUGCUAAAUCAUACUCAGCACCGACUUCUAAGUCCGGGCGGAUGCUGGCGGAAGAAGAGCAGGGUUACUUCCCCAAAACCUCAAUCGACAUUGUCAGAUCCAAAGGGAGCAAAGGGAACAGUCUUGUGGUCAGUGCGUUCAGGUCUGCGUGCGAGAGAGGGAAGGAUAUUGGAAAGAAACUUGGCUCGUUUACACACGAGUUGCAUCUUCCGAGUUUGCAGCACUUGUUGUCUAAGGGUAGCGAGGGCGACAAGAUCGACAGGAAGAAGAGCGCAGCCGACAUGCAUGUUGAGCUGAUCGAGACAUUCUUGAAAGCACAGAGAGAUGGUGGAGUGAAGCUUGUACACGAAGAACGGGACGAAUUCCAAGACAGCAUCGCUGUCGGCGACGAAUGCUGCUAG